AUGAAUAAAUUGUCUUUGUUAGAUGUGAGGCUACAACAGGCAUCCGAUAACAAACAGGGAGUGUUAGAUCUAAAACUUGGGAUGUCGAAGAGAGAGAGAGAGAGACAGAGGGAGAGAGAAGGAGGAGGGGUGGGUAACACGGGUGGAAGAAGAGGAGAUGCACCGCUCAGAAAAAAAGAAAGGAGAUAA